AAAAAAAAAAGAUUUGCGUUUUUGUAUAAUAUAUGGUUUCUUUUUGUGAUUUAUAGAAGUGAUCAUUUGAUCUGAAACAGAACAUAAAGAUGGUCUACUUUCGUCAGAUUCUUCUCAUGAUCAUUGUAGUGAUGAUAUCAUUACAAUGCUGCAAAGUUUUUGCUGAUACUAAAGAGUUUGAUGACUGGAAGGCGUUAACGGUGGAAAACGGUGAGAGCUACAUGACCCAGAUCGGAAAACUCACCGGAGAAGACGGAGGAGAGAAGAAGAAGUUUCCUGUUUUGGAAAAGUUUCGAGCUUUACUUGUCUUGAUCAAACCCUCUUAUCUCCGGCGAAGAAAACUCGCGACGCCGGCUUCAUUCUCUCCUUGGGAAGCACCGUCACCGUCACCGUCUCCAAGCGGUGGUCCAGUGGAGUCUCCGGCGUAUUCUCCAGCUCCUCAGCGACCAAUCCCUCCGCAUCUCCGUCGUCCGUUGCCUCACCGGACUCAUCAUCCAUCGAAACAUCACGAGGUUCAAAGACGUAAACACAAAAACAGAGGAGCGUUUAUACCUGUCGUCGUUUCAACAGCCUGUGGGAUCGGUUUCGUGGUUUGCGUUGUUGCAGUGUUCUUUCUCUACGCGAGAAGAAGGAAGAAGAACGGUAAAACGCUGCCCUUUAAGAGCUCGACGAGGAAGGUUAGUGUAAACUCACUAGACGAUUUGGAGAAACAGAGUUCUGUUUCUGUUAAAGAAGAAAGAGAAACAGAGAAGAAUGUGAACGGUAGCAACGGUGUAUUGCUUGAAGAAGACGUUAAGACAAGCGUAGAAACAGAUAUUUUAUCAGAUUCGGGCAAUGCUGGUAGCUAUUCAACGAAAGAGAUUGUGUCGGUGCAUGAAAAAGAAGAUGAUGAACAAACAGUAGACUCUGUUUCUGGCCCUGUUGUUAGCCAUGGAGACGAUUCUUCAGAUGAUGAUGAUGAGUCUUUUCAUUCCGUUGGUGAUGGUGGCUCUAGUCACUACUCAAAUCCAAGACUCUCAACUGCUUCUUCUUCUGUUGGAUCCUCUCAACGCUUCUCAGAAUGCUCUCCGCCACCACCACCACCACCACCACCUCCACCGCUUCCACCACUCUCAAACAGAGGACUUCACACUCUGUCUUUGCCAAAACCGGCUAAUCUUCACACGCUUUCGUCGCAGUUAACUGCUAAAGUUUGUGCUUCUUCCUCAAACCCAAGUCUUCCAUCGACACCGCCGCCGCUACGGCCACCACCACCACCACCGCUACCGUCACAACAACCUCAAGUAACGAACAAAACUCCACCACCUCCUCUGUCUCUUGAUUUUUCUCAGCGUAGACCCUUAGGUAAAAACGGAGCUCCAUUACCUAAGCUGAAACCACUUCAUUGGGAUAAAGUCAGGGCUACACCGAACCGGACUAUGGUCUGGGAUAAGAUCAGAGCAAGCUCUUUUGAAUUUGAUGAAGAGAUGAUAGAGUCUCUAUUUGGAUACACAAUGCAAAGCUCCACAAAGAAUGAAGAAGGGAAGAGCAAAACUCCAUCACCAGGGAAACAUCUUCUUGAACCUAAAAGACUUCAAAACUUUACCAUUCUCUUGAAAGCUCUCAACGCAACGGCUGACCAAAUCUGCUUUGCCUUGGGGAAAGGGGAAGGUUUGUGUUUACAGCAACUAGAAGCGUUGGUGAAGAUGGUGCCAACUAAAGAAGAAGAACUAAAGCUGAGUAGCUACAAAGGAGCAGUAGAAGAGCUUGGCUCAGCUGAGAAAUUUCUCAGGGCGCUUGUUGGAGUUCCAUUUGCGUUUCAAAGAGCUGAAGCAAUGCUUUAUAGAGAGACAUUUGAAGACGAAGUGGUUCAUCUCAGAAACUCCUUCUCAAUGCUUGAGGAAGCUUGCAAGGAGCUUAAGUCAAGCAGGCUAUUCUUGAAGCUAUUAGAAGCUGUCCUCAAGACUGGAAACAGGAUGAAUGUAGGAACCAUACGCGGAGGCGCGAAAGCCUUCAAGCUUGACGCUCUACUCAAGCUAUCUGAUGUUAAAGGCACAGAUGGGAAGACAACUCUGCUCCACUUCGUCGUGCAAGAGAUAUCUAGGUCUGAGGGAAUCAGGGUUUCAGACAGCAUCAUGGGACGGAUAAUGAACCAAAGAUUAAACAAAAACAGAACAGCUGAGGAGAAAGAGGAGGAUUACAGAAGGAUGGGUCUAGAUCUUGUCUCAGGCCUUAACACUGAGCUAAGAAACGUGAAGAAGACGGCAACGAUUGAUCUGGAAGGAGUCGUUAGCUCGGUAUCGAAUCUGAGAGACGGGCUAAGGGAAUUAAGGUGUUUAGUGAGUGAGAAGCUGAAAGGGGACGAAGAAAACAGAGGAUUUGUUAGUUCAAUGAGCUCGUUCUUGAGAUAUGGAGAGAAGAGCUUGGAGGAGUUGAGGGAAGAUGAGAAGAGGGUAAUGGAGAGGGUUGGAGAGAUUGCAGAGUAUUUUCAUGGAGAUGUGAGAGGUGGUGAUGACAAGAAUCCAUUGAGGAUAUUUGUGAUUGUUAGGGAUUUUCUGGGGAUGUUGGAUCAUGUUUGUAGAGAGUUGAGGUGUGUUAGGGUUCCGAACAGCCCUAGCCCUUUGGCUCCGUUUCGAUGA